UUCGUUGCUCUGUCUCUCUCGCACUCAUGGGGCGUCCCGCAUAGGUGCGAGAGAGACAGCGACGGAAACGCGACUCUCCGGGCCAGUCUGCAGACCGAUGAAUGGAGCGAGGAAGAAGAAAGUGUUAUUCCCUCCGCCCGAGGUUUUGAAAGGAAACAAACAGCUUCUCUCCAUUCAGACUGCACAUGACUAAUCUCCUCGAAUUCGGUAUGCAUGUCGCCCGAGAAGUUGCGCUUGUUACAUAGGUAGCGGGGCAUGUGGCCGCCUCGCUAAAGUGUCUAAAGGCCCGGCCCGGCCGCAACCGCAGUCCGUGCUGGUCCACCUCCACACAGGGUCACCGUCCCGCCCUGCCAGGUGCCCGACAUGAAGUCCAUCCUGUUUUGCCUCUCCGCCGUGGUUCUCGGAGCCGCGCUGGGCGGCACGUUCAAAGGGAAGCUGGAGACCUUCGUGGACAGCGCGUUGGAGAAGACCGGCGACUUGCUGACCAGCGACGACUUCUCCAAGAUCCAGUUCAUCCUCUACACCAAGUACAAGAAUUACAGCUACCCGAUCGCCAAUGCCGCCGACCUGCUGGCAGAGCCCGCCUUCGACGCCGGCAAGCCCACCGCCCUCUACAUGCACGGCUGGAGGGAGUCCAACGAGAGCGGGAGUGUUGGCGUGGUGUCCAGAGCGUUCCUCCGGCGGGGGUCGCACAACUUCGUCCUGCUGGACUGGGGCGAAUACGUGAAGGGCGAUUACGCUAUCUCGGUCCUGCGCUGCACCGCUGCGGGCGAGGCCGUGGGCGCCGCGGUGAACCGCAUGGUGGACGCCGGCCUCGACCGGGACACCUUCUGGCCCAUCGGCCACUCCCUGGGCGGCCAGCUCUCCGGCGUCAUGGCCAAGAGCCUCGACUUCAAGCCCAGCAGGAUCACGGCGCUCGACCCGGCAGGGCCGGCCUUCGGCAUCCCAGCGACGCCCCAGCUGUCGCGCGACGACGCCGUGAUGGUGGACGUGAUCCACACGGACGCGGGCGUCAGCGGCGCCUCCUCUAACGACGGCACCAUUGACAUCUGGCCGAACGGCGGCACGCGGCCCCAGCCCGGCUGCCACAUCGGCGAGACCGACCUUUCGGACUCGCUGCUCUUCUGCAGCCACCACCGCUCCUGGGAGUUCUUCGCCGAGUCCAUCGACGACGAGACCGCCUUCCCCGCCGUCAGCUGCCGCUCCUGGAGCGCCUUCCAGAAGGGCCUGUGCCCCGUCAACGACUCGAACGUCGUGUACAUGGGCUUCGCCGCGCCUGCCACCUCCCUCAAGGGCACCUUCUUCCUGCGGACCGGCUCUGAGAAACCGUUCGGCCUCGGCGUCGACGGGACCCGGCCGGCCAGCGCCGAGGACGCGGAGGAAGCCUCCACCGCGGACCACGUUGACGUCACCGACGACACCGCCGCUACCGAGGACUCCGCGGACGCCGAGGACGCCGUCGAGGAUGCCAGUGAGGACGCCGAGGACGGGGGCGAGGACGACGCCGUGGAUACCCACGACGACGCCACCACAACCUCCACUCCUAGCGGCGGCCUUGUCGGCCUCCUUCGGCGGCUCGGUUAACACUGCGGCAGCACCAGAAAACUCGACGUGAAAUGACUGAUGUUCUGGUUCAUAAAAUAAAGAGUAGAGCCUUUAA